UGUGUGUGUGUGUGUGUGUCCGUGGUCCUUUCCGGUGAGAUUAGUUCCUAUGAGGAAGUAAAACGAAGCCAGGUGCAGUGUGUCUGUUCUCUUUGUGUGUGUGUGUGUGUGUGUGUGUGUGUGUGUGUGUGUGUGUGUGUGUGUGUGUGUGUGUGUGUGUGUGUGUGUGGGAGCGGAGCGGCAGUGCAGAGCGCGUGCUCUUUUGUUCGUGGCGGAGGAUCGGGUGGAGGAACAUGCGGCGGACGGAAACACGUUUCACGGACGGUCUGAUCCAGCUCACGGUGCUGCUGAGUCUGAUCGGAGUCCGGUUGGACCUCGGGUUCUACUCAAACAGCCCGUUUGAGUCGACUACAGUGGAGAUCGGAGGAGGGCCAGACUCGGCGUUCAUACACACACCGCUCCACCGGUACCGGGACAUCGCGGCCGGUCUUCACCCCAAAUGUCCCGAACUGGAGGACGAGUUUUCGACCCGGAGGCUGCUCAAUGAAGUGCGCGCGCUCGGUUCGCCGGUUCGCUUCCCCACGCGACUUAGUGCGUGGCUCGUGCACCUGGUACCCACCGGCACCGACACCGGCCCGGAGGAGACUCGGGGGAAUGACGGCGAUGGAGACACGAGUGACGGAACCCAUGGGAAUGAGACCGGCGGCCAUCCCGAUGUUGUGAAAGACGAGGAGGAAGGAAUCGGUGAUGAUUCACCAACCCAACUGACUCGAAGCUCAGCGCUGGAACAGGAGGUUCUGUUAAGUAACGGUGUUCAACUUCCCCCUGGUCCUGGUGCUGAAGUUCACUCUCAAUGGCCUGACUUCCUGUCCGAUUUCAAUGAAUUUGAGUCUUUGAUUGCGCAGCAUGUCCCAGAUAUGGACCCAAUCAGCUACAACGUCAGCCUUCACGAUGCCACGGUCAGCAAUGGUGGGGAUUACAGACCAGAUCCACCAAGAGGAGGAGGACACACCACACCCCGCCAAACACCUGCUUUCUUCAGCCUGGAAUCUACUAACUCAUCGAAUAGAGACACACCUCGAGCACCCGGAGGUGCUGCAGUGGCUUUGCCUCUUUUCUCCUCAUUAGGAAAUGGCUCUCACUCCAGGGUGGGUGGGUAUUUGGAUGAGGCAGUGUUUGAGCAGAUAAAUCUGUUGGGUCUGGAGGGCCUGGCUAGUGUGGAGGAGCAGGUACUAAAUGCAGUAGAUGGCAGAUUGGAUGCUCCAUGGCUCGAGGAUUUGGACUCUGAUUCUGGUUUGUCAUUGGAGACUGACUCCAGAAGCCCCACCUCAGCCUCAAUGUCCUCUUCCGAGUCGUUUUGUGAGGGUGGAGCGAUGGGCUACAGCAGUGAAGUAGAGUCCCUAUUCAGUAACGGUGGGGCGUGUGCAUCAUCGUGCUACGAUUGGCCAAGGGAAAGCUUGAACAAGAUAAUCUGGCAUGACCACAACUACUCAUCUCGGGCCCCUGAGGAGAGUAAGCCACAAAGCAGGACCCGAUCCCCAAAAGCUAUAAAACAGGAAGUAAUGAGUGAGGAUGAAACCGGACCGGAGGAGCCAAGCCGGGAUGAACGGCGUCUGCAGGCUCUGGGGCUUCCAUUUUCCGCCCCGGAAAUCGUUAACAUGCCGAUGGAGGACUUCCUGGAGCUGCUGGAAGGUCAGGACCUCUCCACAUCGGAGGCCACGCUUCUGCGGGAUGUGCGCAGACGUGGCAAAAACAAACUGGCGGCACAAAACUGCAGAAAAAGGAAGCUGCACGCCAUCUUGGGCCUGCAGGCUGAGGUGGAGGAACUGAUUGCACAGCGUGAUGCCCUUCUUCGCGAGAGAACUUGCACCAGCAAGGCGCUGUCCGCUACCGGCGAGUGUUUCAAGACGCUUUCCAAUGCUGUGCUGAGGCAGCUGAGAGACGAGCACGGACAGACCUUAAGCCCACAGCAAUACACACUUCACUGUGGCACGAACGGGCACCUGGCGGUCCGACCUCGAACAAAUGCAGUGAAAAUGAACACAACUCGAGCCAAAACUACAAAGAGGAAGAAGGACAAAAAACGCUGAGACCCGUUUAAUUUGGUUUUUUUUUUACGUUGUGUUUGUAGUGUGUGUGCAUGUGUGCGUGUGCUUUAAAGGGCUACUUGGUGUAGGACUACUGAACUUUCCCCUUUUAAAUAUUUAAACCAGAUGAGCGUUUUAAUAUACUGCGUUUACUGUGUGUAGCAGAAGCACUGAACAUGGAUGAUGGAACACACACAGGAGGUACCUCAGGCCAGUCCUCAAAAGUCCAGCACAAUAAUCAUCAUUAUUGCAGAAAUAACACACUUUCUCAAUAAACAUGACCCUACUGGACAUGUGAGGGUGAAAAAGCAGGUCACUGGAUGUUCCUCUGUGGUGAAAUUUGCAUAGAUUUUGGAGACGCGACUUCGCUUCUUAUGCAAUUGUUAUGCUGGUGUUUGUAACUGCAUGACUUCCACUAUGGCCUUAAUGAGUCCCCAUGUUUCAUCAAUAUGUCUGUUUUUUGAUUUUUUUUUUUUCCUGGAUUUUACACGAUUGCAUCGUUACUGAUAAUUUCUGGUUUAUUUUCUUUAGACAGACAAGAAUCGAAACGUUCGAUGAGGUUUUAAAAUGCGGAUUUAUCCGAACUGACAACAAUUGAAUUUACCUGUCAAAUAUAUCAUAUACAAAAUAUCCGUAACGCAAAGAUUCCCAGACUUCAUGACGUGAGGAAAAUGAUAUCUUUUGUGUGUUUUUACACGUUACCAUGUUUUCUCAUUUUAACUGCUUUUAUAAAUAUAGUAAUGAUGAUGAUGAUGAUGAUGAUGAUGAUGAUGAUAAUAAUAAUAAUAAACAUACUUGACGAUAAACAACAAACAAAAGGACCACGUAUAAGGCUGUUAUAUAAAUGAGUCUUUUUUGGA